GGGGAGGGGGGAUUGUCCCGCCCCUCGCUGGCUCUCGCGAGACUCUGGCAGGGCGCGACCGGCGCGGCUGAGGUGAGGCGGGGCGGUGGCGGAUCUGGCACUGAGGAUACGCCUUCCUAACCCCGUCCAAGCAGUGUUCGUGCCUUUCCUGAAGACCUAGUGGACUGUGAGCCGUGCCGGUAAGUUUUUUUACUAUCCUUCUAUUCUUUAAAAAUACAAGAAAGACAAAGGAAACGCUAACAGAGACCCGAGAUAAGGUGCUGCAGACCAGAGCAGGUCUGCCUGUGGUGUGUGUGGAGUGGGGCAUUAAUGCAAUGCUGCUGACAUUGCAUUAAACUUGGAGUACUGCCAUGGUGCUGGUACCCUGCCCAUCACGACUUAAAAUGGGUUCUUGCCUCUCUAUGCAAGGUGUUUACAAAGUCAAUGGUUCUGGUAGUUUGGCUAUUUUAAAAUAUUGCUGAGAGUAUUCUAGAACCCAAAUCUGGUGCAUCAACUCAGUGGCCAGCAGCUAAAGAAUCCGAUUAGGGUCGUUGUGCACUGUCCUUGUGUUUCCAUUGUAAAGCUGUCACUCAUUACAUUGACAGUUUUUUGUAGCGUAACGUGAAAAAUUAUUCAGGAGAACAAUCAGUUUUGUUCUCCCAGCUCUUCGAGCACCCCCAGCCUCGAUAUUUUCUGCCUUUUGAAGCAUUUGGACGGGGGAGUUUUAGAGGAAAUGAUUUUAGCUGCAUUUCUUCACAAAGCAAUUAGGUAGUGGCUUUUGGGGUUUUUUAAAUCCUUUCCCUGGCUGCCAUAAGGUGGUGCUUGCAAUUGCAGUCUUCUUGUAUUAAUUGAAGCAGCGUGUUUGCCUAAGGCGGUUGCUGUUGAGUACCCUUCCUUUUAGCAAAGGAGAGAGGAGCAUUAAUUCAAAUAUGUUAAUACACAUCAGGUACUUAAUGCAUUUAAACUAGUGAAAACAUAUGCUGAACACUACUUAGACUUAAUUCUAAGACAUCUCUUUCUCCCAGAAGGAUGGAGCUUUCUGACUGCAUCUUUUAGUUUCCCAGUAUUAAUUAAAGGUACACGGAUGUGGCUCAGGAUGUCUGUUCCUUUGGAACUUGUUAAUUUUACUUCUUUAUAUUGAUUAGUGAUUCCAGGUUCCUGUGCACUGUCGGUACCUGGCCCUGGGGUGGAGAGAAUAGGACCUGGCUGGAGUCCUUGUUGGUACUCUGAAGGGGGUUUCAAUACCGAACAUAUCCAUGUGCUGCAAUCUUUUAAACAGCAUUGCAUUUUGCUUCUGUACAAUGCAUGUAAGAGAGAUCAGGCUUUAAAUUAAAAAGUCUUUACACGUAAAUUCUGUGUAUUGCUCUUUUCACAGAUCUCAAAGGAUCGCUUUACGCUUAAAGAUGGCUGCUGAUACAUCUGUUGAAAUUCUCCAGAAAGUUCUGGAGAAUGAAAUACUUCAGACCACCAAGGUAGUAGAAGAACAUCUGGAUGCUGAAAUGCAGAAGCUGGACCAAAUGGAUGAAGAUGAAUUGGAACGCCUUAAACAAAGGAGGCUUGAAGCACUGAAAAAGGCCAAGCAGCAGAAACAGGAGUGGCUUUCAAAAGGACAUGGGGAGUACAGAGAAAUCCCAAGUGAGAGAGACUUUUUCCAAGAAGUCAAAGAAAGUAAAAAUGUGGUUUGCCAUUUCUAUAGAGAUACAACUUUCAGGUGUCAAAUAAUGGACAAGCAUUUGACCGUAUUGGCAAAAAAACAUGUUGAGACAAAAUUCUUGAAAUUAAACGCAGAAAAAUCUCCUUUCUUAUGUGAGAGACUGCGCAUUAAAGUAAUCCCCACUCUAGCACUAAUAAAAGAUGGAAAAUCGCAAGACUAUGUUGUUGGCUUCACUGAUCUCGGUAACACGGAUGACUUCACUACAGAGACCUUGGAGUGGAGACUAGGCUGUGCAGACAUAAUUAAUUACAGUGGAAACCUGAUGGAGCCACCUUUUCAAAACCAGAAGAAAUUUGGAACAAGCUUUACAAAGUUGGAGAAGAAGACCAUCAGAGGGAAGAAAUAUGAUUCAGAUUCUGAUGACGACUAGAAUAGUUAAAUGUAUUUGUAAAUCAUCUUUUGUUUAUGCUUGGUACAUUUUUAAGAAUGUUUUUUAUAAAGCUUAUUGCUUUUUCACUACAUCUGCACAUAAUGUUCACUUUUCUAUACAGUUUUAUACAACUGGGUCAUAUCAGAAGAAAGCUUAAAUAUUUUUUUUUCCUCUUUUGGAGGUCAUUUGUAAUUCAACAAUCUAAGUCCUAUCUAAAUAUGUUGCAAAUGAUGAACUUUGUCUGAGAGUACAUUUAUGAAGCGUUGUGAAGUAACUGUUAGAAAAAACUGUACCAAGACAGACCAAAGGUCCAUCCGGCCUAAUAUCCAGGCUCAGUGGCCAAAAGCAGAUGCACAAGGAAGAGAGGGGGGGAAAAAAAAAAAAAAGGGUGAGCAGAUAGCGAUGCUUCCCCAGAAUGUACUUUGAGCAGUCUGUGGCUUGGGGAGCUCCGUAUCUGAAAGCAUUUGCUGGAUAAAAAGAAAUCUUUUGAAGUCCUCAUUGCAUCUUCUUAGCAUCCACCUCAUAUGGCAAGGAAUCCACAAUUUAAGUGUGUUGUGUGAAGAACUGUUUCCUAUCGUUCUCCUUGAAUCUGACAAUUCCCUUUUUUUCUGGUUUUCUUCAUUAAAGGAACAACAGACACUUCUGAUAAUUUUCUCUAUCAGUUCCUUUUCCAGUUUACUUUAAUCUUAUUACUUGUUAUUGGUAAAAGCACUGCAAAUUAUUAGCAGCAGGAAUUGUGCAUUUUAACGAAGAUUGCUUACCUUAUGGUGCCAUAUCAUGACAUUGAGUAACUUUAAUUAUAUUGCACUAUAAGUUGUAAAAACAGACAUAACUUCUGAAAUCGGUGGUCAAGAGAAAUGCCCUUUUGCCAUCUACGUAUGCCGCAUGUAAAAGCUGAUACAGCGGGUAAUAGCACAUAGCAACAAGCAUAUUGAACACAGCCUUGUUUGCAGGUUUGUAUGAUUCUGUGGUUUUGAACGUGUGAAUUUUACAGCAGAUGCUUUGUACAAGAGGGUAGGCUAGAGAAAAGCGUUCGGGAGAAGCCUUGAUCUGUUAGAUAUAGCGCAGCAUGCUGUGUACCGUUUCUUCAGUAAUGGAUGGGAUUUUCAAGGGAGAUCUUCCUUGGAACACAACUUAGAGCUUCUGCCUAGGCGAAGUGUUGAUGACUUGUCUUAGUUUUCAAAAACAGAGUUUGCUGUGUGCUGGAGGACCCUUUAGCGGUAGUACUUGGAAUCCAGUUGGCCCAAAAAAUGAUAAACUGGGUCUAGUUACUCUUGCUGCCUUGUAGUGGGAGAGUUCUUGUGAUUGGGCCAGCCCAGCAAUAUUACUCUAAGUUUAAAAAUAACAAUAAUUCUAUUUUAUUUCAGUUCAUGUACAUUGAAAUAAAAUUAUUUUAAUUC